AUGCCGGGGGAAAACUGUGUGUUUUACGGCUAUUCAACGAGCCGUAAACAUGGGCUUUCGCUGUUCAAAUUGCCGUCGCCUCGCGAGGAUGAAAGCGAGGAAACUAAAACUUUAAAGACGAAUACACGACAAGCCUGGUUUGAUCUUACGAAGUCUACGGACACGUCACGUGAAUCGACGCCAGAGUUAAGAAAGCGUAUCGAGGCGAAUAAUAACUAUCUAUGCGAGCUUCAUUUCAAGCACGAAUGCUUUAGUAUAUGUAAGUAUAUUUGCAUUUUGUGCUUCUUGUUUGCAUCUAUUUAUACUCGUGAGAACAAAAGGCCAUUCAUGAAUAUUGAUAAAUUACUCAGAGAAAGAUUUCUCUCGAUUUUAUUCUUAAUGUUUGUUUUGUUUUAAGAUCCUAAACGAAAAGUCUUGGUUAUGGGUAGUAUACCGACUGAAAAUUUGCCAACAAAAAGCCAUGAUAUGCCCAAGAUAAAAGAGCGUCAUACUUUGAUCAAAGUUGACCCUCAAAAUAUGCCGUGUACUUCUUCAGAUAUCUUGCCUGACGUGCCAGCAAUAACUUCCAAAAGCAGCUUGAUGAAAGUACUAUUAUAA